AUGCUUAGAGGAACGAGGUAUCUAUGCCGGUACUUCACUAUCGAUCAGGUGGCGAACAUUGUAAAAGCGAAGCAGAGUUGUAGUGAUGCCGUGCGCAACAUCCAACUCAUCGACGUUCGAUCGACAGCCGAAGUGGCGGCGACGGGGAUGAUUCCUUCUGCAAUCAAUGUUCCACUACCGGUUCUGUCAGACGCUCUCAGCCCUGAGAGCAUAAUUGAGGAUGAUGAGUUCGAGUUCUUCUUCGGUGGUCCUCGCCCCGUGCAAGGGGUGACUCAGCUUGUGCUAUACUGCGCACACGGCGUCCGCUCUGCUAUCGCCUGCGAGGUCGCAGAGGAGCUUGGCUUUGAAAACGCCGGCAAUUUCUCCGGCAGCUGGGCUCAGUGGUACCACGCAUACGGCACCCCCAGUACCUCUGCGGCUCCACCAGAAUCUUCACCAACCCCACUCCAGUAA